GUCAGAAGUCCCUCAUCACAUAAUUGGAAUAGUGGCUAUUGUCCACUUCUUUUUUGCAGUUUUGAUCCAGGGACGUCAAGUAGAAUGGACGGCAAGGCUUGAUUUCCUUUGGAAUUCUCAGGCAAAUGAAGAAAAGUAUGAAAUGCAUGAACUACAGAGCAGCAACAGUCACAUUUUAUUCAACUUGCUUCCAACUCAUGUUGCUACUCAUUUCUUGGACAAUCAGUUUAGAAACAACAUGGACUUGUAUCAUCAAUCAUACAGCAAGGUAGGAGUAAUGUUUGCAACCAUUCCAAAUUUUCAUGAAUUCUAUACAGACAUUAAAACUGAUAGUCAGGUGGUAGAAUGCUUACGACUCCUGAAUGAAAUAAUUGUGGACUUUGAUGAGCUUUUAGAUGAAGACAGGUUUUAUAUGAUUGACAAAAUUAAAACAGUGGGCAGUACAUACAUGGCAGCCGUUGGACUUAUACCCGAGUAUCGUAUCUCAGAAGACAACCAAGUCAUGGCAGGUCAAUGCUUAUCUACUUUAGUGGACUUGGUUUUUGCUAUGAAAGAAAGACUGGCUACUAUCAAUCAGAAUUCCUAUAAUAAUUUCAUGCUACGUGUAGGUAUAAAUGUUGGACCAGUUGUUGCUGGGGUGAUUGGUGCUAGAAAGCCACAGUAUGAUAUCUGGGGUAUCACUGUGAAUGUAGCAAGUUGUAUGGACAGCACAGGACUUCCAAAUCACACACAGGUCACAGAAGAAGUUUUUCAACAUUUGAAGGACUUCCCUUACGUCUUUCAGUGUCGAGGACAGGUAAAUAUAAAAGGAAAGGGAGAAAUGACUACUUACUUCCUGGUGGACAGGAAGUCACGAGAGGAUGUUAUUUCCCACCAAGAAUCUCAAGAUGUCAAUGAGUUUUCCAUAACUGGUUCAGGUAAUGGUAUUCCUGGAGGAGUUCCUACUCCUCUCAGUAUGGUUGCUCAGAGUCUUCGUCAAGCUGCAGAAAGAGCUGGUUCUAGGCCCAAUAGUGCCUCAAACACACCACAAACAAGAAAAUUACAAGGGUUUCAGCAAAUCAUGCCUCAGGAUUUGAAGAUAUCUUGCAGUCCAAGAAUACCUGGUUUGAUACUUCCCCAUGAUAAUCAGUUAUUGAAAAAACCUGCAGAAUUGAACUCACGUGAAUCCACACCACCCUAUCCUCAACCAAAACCAAUAAUUGGCAAUACACCACCAAAAUCUUACUCACACUCCCGACCUCGGCCACCACGAUCUGAGUCUCGUGACACCACUCCAAGUUCCCAAAAGCAAGCAUCAUUAAGAAGGGGUGAUCCAUGGGAUAGCCUCAGACAACUAGGAAACAGUGUACCUCCUCCACCAUGUGAUACACCAAAUACAACAAGCUGCAGAAGUGGAACACCUACAAAAAGUUAUGCUAGUUCAAGACCAUCAAAAUCUUCUAUCUCUCCUCAGGAAACACUAGUAUUUCCUCCUCCACCUCCAUUUUCUCAAAAAGAUGAUGAUUUGAUAAAGGAAGAAGCUGUUCCAUCAUUUAAUGCCAAAUCUUCAAAUCUAAAUAGAUUAAAACACAGUUCAGAUAGUCUUCUUGGACAAGACCAAUCAUCUGUCCAACCUUCAUCAGCAGAAACAUCCUCACUGAACCACUCUUCAUCAACAUCAUGUGAUAGUUUUACCCGAGCUGGCUUCACACCAAUAGGGAUAGAGACAUCUCCAGCUUUAUGGAAUUCUGCUUCUUCCAACAUGUUAUGGGUGUACCCUCUUAAAGAUUCCAGUAUUAAAAAUUAUCCCUGUCAAUCAACAGAAAUUCCCAGACCUAACAUUCUCUCUUCAAGAGAAAGUAUUCUUUCAAGGGAAGAAAAAGGUCUCCCUGUAGUUGGACAAUCACCAUCCCAUCAAUCUUCCAUGAAAGAACUAACAAGUGUUGAAAGGAGUGAUAAACUUGUGUAUGAUGAAAGUAACCGAAGGUCUAUCAUACCAAAGCUCGAACAUCAUUCUGAUGAACUAUCACAAAGAGUGCCAAAUGUAGGUAAUUAUUUUGCCAAAAUUCCAGGGGCAAAACAUGAUGAAGCCCUCCUAAAAAGUUAUCCACCUAAAGGUCAUAAUGCAUCUCUCUCACAGAUUCUAGCCCCUGAAAGGGCUGUGUCUAGUGCUAACAUUGGACCAGCUGAUCUCCCCCAGAAACAGAGUCUUACAAAGGAAAUUUCUAGAAACACACAAAGUGGAAAUGAAUCUAAAAUAGCAGCUUUAUUUAAGUCAUCUCCAUCAAAACAAGACUCUGUAGCCACACAAACUGAUUUACCUAAAAAGCAUUCAGGACUGAAAUCACCUCAGAAAAUAUGCUCUAGGGCUUUUAAACAAGAAACAGACUCUAAGUGUGAAGAAAGAAAACCAUUGAACCAACAAGUUCAAGCAAAAAACAGAGAUGAUUCAAAGUUCCAAAACUCAGCUGCUAUGAGUAAAUGGAAUACACCAAACUUAGUUGGCAUAUCUCUUCAGGAACUCCAGAAUGUAAAUGAGGUUCUUGCAGAGUUUGGUGAAGCAAGCCUUCCUCGUGGAAAAAGAAGUGUAACAACAGGAGAACAACUUUUAAAAGAUAAACUUAAUAAUAAUUCUAUAGUCACAAAAAGGAAAGAUGACAAGCAAACAAGUAAGCAACAAAAUACUAACAUUUCCUUGCAUGAGACAAACAACCUUAUUGGUCUUUGUUAUAAUCCUGUUGACAAAAAGGAGACAUUAAGUACACCACCAUUACCUAAAGAUAUCUGUUUGAAAAAAUCCAACUCUCAACAAGAUCAAGGACGGAAGAUUAAAAAAACUCCACAAGGAGUCACAUUUUCAGCGUCAGACUGUGAAGAAGAGAAACCCACUCACCACUCUAUCCAACAGGAUGAGCUCAGUGAACCUGAAUAUGUAAAUAUUGACACUACUGCUUUAAGUAAGGUGGGUGACAAAUCCGAGCGACCAAAACCACAAAGAGAGCAAGAUAAGCAAAACAUGGCAUCAGAUGAAUCUGAAAGUGAUUAUUCUGAUGACAGUGAUAAGGAAGAUGAUUAUGAUGAAGACCACUUAGCUGAAAUCCCUCUCAUAGAUGAACAGGGGUAUUGUACAGAUGAUCCAGCUCUAGAAAACCUCUCUCUUAUGAAUGAACAAGGUCUUACUGAUGCAGAAGGUGCUCUAAGUGACUUAAAUUCAAUUUUCAAUGAUCCUGGACAUGAUGGGGACAUGGAUGACACUAGUGUAUCUUCACGAGCAAGUAGUCGUAUGUUUGAUAGUGAUCAGUUAUUGAGUAUUGACUCUUUGAACAUCAUGUAUGACUCAGAAUACGAUAACUAUCGUCCAGGCAUUACCAGUGAUGAUGAUAUUUUCCAUGCUGACCCAGUUAGUGAUGCUGACCCAGAUUAUUGUGACGAUGUAAGUGUUGAAAAUAUUCGUUCCCUGACCAGUAGCAUAACAAGAAACUUUGGACAGCCACCUGUCAGUGAGAAUGAAGGUAGUGAAGCAGACUAGCAAGCUUGAUUCAUCUGAAAACUAUUAUAUUAUUAAGAUCAUCCACAGUUGAGUUAAGCUUUAUUGAAAAAGAAAAAUUUGCAUCUCCAGUUUUUUUUUCUUACACAUUCAAAAUGAGUAACUAAAUAUACUGUGAAAAUUUCAUAUAUAACUAACAUUAUGUGUUAGUAAUUUGUCCCAACAAUUCCUCACAUGCACCAGAUGAUCCUUUCAUGUAUUAAGUGUACUCUGGAAACUGUAGAUAUAUAUAUAUAUAUAUAAAUAAUAAUAAACUUUCUCAAUAUGUA